AUGACAACAUCUAAUAAGCUCCCAACAUAUCGAUACAAUACGACUCAUGCGUGUGAUUCUUGUAGAAAAUCAAAAAGUCGAUGUAAAAAGGUAGAACCCUUCGAUCAAUCUACUAAAUGCCGUAAAUGUAUAAAGCACAAUCUUGAAUGUACAUAUGAUUUUCAACCACAAAAACGUGGUCCUAAACGCUGUUCAAAACCUCGAAAGAAUAGAAAUCCUUCUACACCCCCUCCUACACCACCGCCAACAUUUCUCUCUACAUUUCUUCCUGGACUUUCGCCUACAUCCCCCCCUACAUCUACUGCAACGUCUCUCUUUACGCCUCCCUUUACACCUCCUCCUUCUCAUACACCUCCUCCUUCUCAUACACCUCCUCCUUCUCAUACACUUCCUCCUUAUCAUACACCUCCUCCUUCUCAUACACCUUCUUCUUCUCAUACACCUCCUCCUUCAAAUGUAUUUGUUAAUGAUGAAGAGUUUUAUGA